CUUCACUCCCUAUCCUUAGUUUAGGUGUUGACGCAGGCCAUUCCUGGAGCAACAAUUUGGACUAAAUGUACAAUAUCUCGAAAUUCUUCGCAGCACUAGAGUCAUCACUCAAGACUUCCAGAAUAAGUGAGGAAACGAAACAAGAAAUAAGGCAAACUAUAGUACCGUUAACUCAAUGGAUGAAGGAAAACAAACAACCGACCCCACAAGAACAAAAAGCUUUGAAGGAACUCAGAACUGGAAAGGAUACUGUCAUAGUUCCGGCGGACAAAGGACGCACCACAGUGAUUAUGGACAAAGAAGAAUACGUCGAAAAAGCCGAGGAACUAAUUGAGUAUAAGAGUGCAUACAAACUGAUGGACAUAAAUCCAGUCAAAAGGCUAGACAACCGAAUCUCAAAGACUUUAAACAAGCUCAUCAAAGCAGGAGAAAUAACAAAGCAAGAUCAAUGGAGAAUGAAAUCCAAUGGACCAGUGCUCCCUCGAUUCUACAGCAGGCCGAAAAUACACAAACCAAACAUCCCACUACAUCCAAUCGUGGCACUUCCCGGAACGCCAACAUACAAUUUGUCAAGAGAAAUCUCACGAAUAUUGAAACAUUUGGUGGAUUCAGCCAACCACUCCAUCAAAUCCCCCAAACAAUUCCUUGACCAGAUUAAGAACAUUAAAACCAACGACGACGAGCUGAUGAUAUCUUUCGAUGUAACAGUGCUAUUCACCUCAAAUGAACUAAACUUAGUAAAGGAAACUCUAUCCCUGCUUCUCACCAACGACGCACAUCUCGCAAAGUACACGAAACUCCAAAGUCAAAGUUUACUAGAACUCAUCGAUCUAUGCUUAACAACAUAUUUUCAAUUCAACAACAAAAUCUACGAACAAAUAAAAGGGACACCGAUGGGAAUAGAAUAGGCAUUGCACACAAACCAACAAAAUCCCUACAAUCAAUCCUAUGCAAACCA